AUGGCCGCCAACUUUGUGCGGCGUGAUAUCUAUGUCAUCGAACGUCGCGACGGCAACGAUAGCGAGUGGAGCUGUUGGCGAUAUCGACCAGCGACGAUAAAUAGGCAUGGUCGGGUCGUCGAGACAGAAAUUGCGCAUCCAUUACCCCUGUUGACUUGCAUCGACGACAUUCAGGCGGCUAAGAUCGAUCGCCCGAGACUUCCAACAUUGAUUCUCCGGGUAAUAGAACGGCAUUACUACGCGUGUAUCCAUACUGAACACGAGAGCUGUGCACUCGACUGUACCGAUGGUCCGGUUCCGUUCGGCUCUGAGGCCGCACCAGGUGGGCUGUCUUUCGGUUCGACUCCCGACCCGUCCCUGCACCUGAGUUCCCACGGUCAGCACCAAAGUAUGGUGUACCGAACUAGCGCAACUUCUCCCACGGUUGAUUUUCCUACAACGCUGGUCGUGCACUCACCUUCGACGGGGGCAUCUGAACGCCAAGUCACUGAGGCGUCGUCGCUUGCGCUAAUUCCAGAGCGCUCCCUAGUUGUAGCGCACAAGGGGCACAUUACCCAAGGUAUCGCUCGCAAACGUGCUCAUUCUCCUAAGUCAGGAUCUGCAGCGGCAGCCACUGACGUCUCCAUCGAUACGCCAGCAGAUGGGACUACAAAACGAGACCGAGUGAGCGCCGGACCGAAUCCGCCCCUGUUGCUUCCACUGGAUGUACGUAUCGAUCAGGAUGAAUGGCCGGUCGUUUAG